AUGCAAGUUAUCGACCCACGGGAUACUCGCCGUUUCAAGCACACCCGCAUCGGUGUAUGGGAUGUCUACGAGGAACGCCGGGCUAAAUAUUACAUACCAGGCUCAUCAAUAAGGGAGACAUAUGGCAAGAUAAUCGAGAGCAUACCUUAUGUAGUGCAAAUGUUGAGGGAUGUACUCAGUAUCAGACGAAGCUGGCUCCUCCUAUCUGCAUUCUUUGUUGUAGAAGUCUUAUCCUCCCUUGUACCCGCCAUUUCCAUAUGGUAUUCUGGACAACUUCUCCGUCUGGUAGAGACCGCAAUGGAGACACGUACUGUGAACACAACAGCUCUCAUUCAUGUUGCGGUAGGACACCUUACAUGCCAAGUCACGACGCGCCUUCUCCAUUACGCCCGAAACACUAUAGUUAUUCCCAUGAAUAUUUCCAUUAAACGAUUCUAUGCUGAGCGCGUAUUGCACGAAGUGGUGCGCCUCGACCUGCCUACUUAUGAAGAUUCGAACAUCUCGAGGCAGUUCGCAUCCGCGUUGUCCUCUUCAGGCAGUAGCAUAGCUUGGAAAGCUAUUCAGGCAUCGACGAGCUCCGCAAUGACAGUUAUCAGUGUGGUCUUUCAGUUGUCGAUUUUGUUUACAAUCCUGUGGGAGCAACAGGAUGGCUUCCUCCUGAUAGUUCUUGGCUCUUCACGAUCUAUAUUCCAGUGGUACAGCACACAAAAAUCAAUGGCCAGACCUUCAGUUUGGGGUGCGAACACAACCAACAAAGAUUAUAUUCGGAUGCGAGGCCUGAAGGGCCUCUGUGAUGCUCUGUCACACCGAAAAGAGCUUGUCGCAGGCAACCUCGGCGAAUAUAUUACCGAACAAUAUCACGAAUUGGCUCAGAGCAUUGGUGAUGAUGCAGGUGACUUCUUUGACUUGCAUAAGUUGCAUUUUAUGAAGAAACAUCUGGGUUUUAUGUCUAUUCUCAAUGGUGUGAUGCAUGAGCUGCCUCAGAUCAUCUUGAUCCUGCGCGUCAUUCAAAAACCAAUGACGUUGCCCCUCGCCUUGGCAUCACUCUACCUUAUCGAUCGUACCUCUAGUUCGUUAAUUUUCGAAAACUUCUCGCCGUACCAAAGUGGCACUUUGGUGGCGCAGCUUGCCGAUGUGCGCGCGCUAUAUGAGGUCAAGAAUGUGCAGAAUAAGGUAGUGGAUGGCAGGGAAUCGUUCCCCGAGAACAUGCAGUCUCUCAAGAGUGGUAUUCCUGUUGAGUUCAGGAAUGUUUCGUUCCGGUACCCUGGUGCAGAGAAGUAUGCUCUCCGAGAUGUAUCAUUCAAAAUUGGAGCUGGUCAACUUUGCGUCAUUGUUGGCACGAACGGUUCUGGAAAGAGCACAAUCUUGAAACUCGUCUCCCGCAUUUACGACCCGACAGAAGGAACCAUUCUCAUCGACGAUCGCGACAUCAAAACACUCAAACUGGCCGACCUCCGCAAUGCCAUGUCCAUCCUCUUCCAAGACUACACACAUUUCCCCCUCUCGAUACACGAGAACAUUGCACUUGGCAACCCUACACUCGCCAAUGAUGGUGACAAGGUCCGCGAAGCCGCCCGUCUCGCCAGCGCAGAAGAAUUCAUCGACGACCUCCCUGGCGGAUUCAACACCUACAUCAAACGCGUCGACGAAGGCCACAUCAUGGAUCCCAUAACCCAUGGGGAUUUUAUCGACCCUCCCUCUACGCAUAGCACUGGGGAUCACCAUGUCACCAUUUCAGGCCUCAGCGGCGGGCAGAUGCAGCGGCUUGCAGUCUCCCGCACAUUCAUGCGCUCAUUUAUCUCUGGGUCAGACUCUUCUGUUGGUAUGAUGCUAUUUGACGAGCCGAGCGCCGCCCUGGACCCCAAGGCUGAAUAUGAUCUCUUCGAUACCCUACGAGAGUGGAGGGGCGAAAAGACCCUGAUAUUCUCUACUCACCGGUUUGGGAACCUCACCCGACAUGCGGACCUUAUCUUGUAUCUCGAUGAAUCUGUUCAGGAAGAGGGCACACACGACGAACUGAUGAUGAAAGGGGGAUCCUAUGCCACCAAUUGGAAUCUGCAAGCGAGACCUUACAUGUAG